AUGCUUAGUCGUGCAGUCUUGCCUCUAACGAGGCCAAAUGCCUUCGCAUCUGCCGUUCGGGCAUCAACCCUGUCGGCGCGGCCUUCGUUGUACGCUGCCUACAAGCUUUCCCCGGGUAUCCAGCUAAGGGCGAAGUCGACCAAACCGAAGUCGAAAACUUCCAAAGCAGCUCCGAAAGAUGCUCCGAAAGACUUCGACGCAGAGCAACCCGAGUUUGAUACAAAAGCUGAACCUACACAACCUUCUGAACCUGUCGAACAACCCCCACAGACGCCUCUUCCCGAUCUGACGCAAGGUAUUCCAUCGACGCUAGCCGCAGAAUUGGAAGGGCGUAUGAAGAAGGGACCAUUGAAUCUCACAGAAGACCCUACCCAGUCAGAAGAUUAUGGCGCGGAAGGCAGAGGUGGUGGUGACAUCCCCAAAGGCGGAUAUGAGACAUCCAUCGACCGCCGCAAGGCCCGUAUGGCCAAUAUAGUAUACGCAGUCAUGUUGCUUGGUGGUGUCGCUGGUAUGGGCUAUUUGGGUCGCAACUGGGAAACCGAAGAGGAGCAGCGGCAACACCCUGAGAUUCCGUCGGGAUGGAGCCCGGGUCUUUGGUACAGCCGUAUCAAAGCCCGCACCAGCGAUCUCACCAGCUAUUACAAGGACCCUGCUUUCCCCAAGCUGCUUCCGGAUGAGGACGCCGAGAUGCGUCAGCCAUACACCUUGGUGCUCAGUCUUGAGGAUCUCCUUGUUCACAGCGAAUGGACCCGUGAGCACGGAUGGCGCGUUGCGAAGCGGCCUGGUGUCGACUACUUCCUCCGCUACCUGAACCAAUACUAUGAGCUCGUCCUGUUCACUAGUGUGCCUAGUAUGAUGGCCGACCAAGUCCUACGCAAACUCGACCCUUACCGCAUCAUCCGCUGGCCCCUGUUCCGGGAGGCGACCCGAUACAAGGAUGGAGAGUACAUCAAGGAUUUGCAAUACCUCAACCGCGACCUUUCCAAAGUUAUUCUCAUCGACACUAAGGAGGAGCACGCCCGCUACCAGCCCGAGAACGCCAUUAUUCUUGACAAGUGGACUGGAGACCCGAAAGAUAAGACGCUGGUCGCCCUCAUCCCCUUCCUGGAAUACCUUGCUGGUAUGGGUGUCGAAGACGUGCGUACCGUGCUGCAGUCGUUUGAUGGCACUCCCAUCCCCAUUGAGUUUGCCAAGCGUGAGAAGGCGAUGCGUGAGCGCUUUGAGAAGGACCUCGCCGAGGAGCAGAAGAAGAGGCCCUCGCGUGGUCUGGGCAACUUUGCUGCUGCACUUGGCUUGAAGUCUUCUGUCACCCUGAACGGCGAACAGACACCCUCCGAGGGUCUGGCGCAGGGUAAGAUGCUCUGGGAUCAGAUCCGCGAGCGUGGUCAAAAGAACUACGAAAUGAUCGAGUCAGAGAUCCGUCAGAACGGCGAGAAGUGGCUCGCUGAGAUGGCAGCCGAGGAGGAGAAGGCCCGCCAGGAGCAGAUGCAGAGCAUGAAGGGCUCUUUCACCGGCAUAUUUGGUGCUGGCUCCAAGAAUGAGUAA